AUGGACAGAAAAAGUCUUGAUGCAAAGACAGACGUGGCCAUGGCUGAGAACGCUGGCCAUAUUGCUGUAAAUGACAUUGUUGAUCUCGACCAGAGAAUCCAAGACCUCGUGGCUGUUGCUCCCCCAUUCUACAAGAACAAGAGCCUUUUCCGACUGUAUCUUCUUAUUAUCCCCACAUGUUUGUGUGCCGCCAUCACUCUUGGAUUCGAUGCCAAUUUUGGUCAUCCUCGUGGUGCCCUUCUUGGUAUCAUGUCUGCUAUUCUUCCUCUCGGGUGCGUCGUCGCAACACCUUUUAUUAGCCUUGUCGGUGAUCGUUACGGACGUCGCAUGGGUAUCUUUGUUGGUGCGGUCAUCAUGAUCAUUGGUGCUGUGAUUCAAGGUGCCUCCGUUCAUUUUGCCAUGUUCCUCGUCUCCCGCUUCAUCAUCGGUUUCGGUCUUGUCUUUGCGAACGCCUACGCCCCUAUGCUCAUCGGCGAGCUCGCCCAUCCCAAGGAACGACAAGUCAUCACCUCCUUGUAUCAAACAUCAUGGUAUAUCGGUGCUAUUCUUGCGGCCUGGGUCACCUUCGGCACCUUCAGUAUUCCCAGCGAGUGGUCGUGGCGGAUUCCCUCCCUACUUCAAGCUGCUCCAGCUGUGUUGCCGAUCUCUUUCGUCUUUUGCCUCCCAGAAUCCCCUCGAUGGCUCAUUGCCAACGGUCGAAGUGAAGAGGCCAAGGCUAUGUUGGUCAAGUGGCAUGCCAACGGUAACGAGGACGAUGAGUUGGUCAAGCUCGAGUUUAUCCAGAUGCGAAACGUUAUUGAGGCUGAGGUCAGCAAUGAGACUGGUUGGAAGGAACUUUUCAAGUCUCCCGGCAACCGAAAGCGAGUCUUUAUUCUGGUCUGUCUUGGAUGCUUCAGCCAAUGGUCAGGCAACGGUCUCGUUUCUUACUACUUGGUCCGAGUCCUUGAAACUGUUGGUGUGACUGACGCCCGAGAGCGCAACAUUCUCAACGGCUGCCUCAUGAUCUUCAACUGGCUGACUUCAGUCGCCUCCGCCUUCCUCACUGCAUACAUGAAGCGCCGCACACAGUUCCUUAUCUCUGUAGGAGGUAUGUUCGGGAUCUUUGCCGCACAAACUCUAUGCGCAGGUCUAUUCAACGAGGAUCAUAACACUGCUGCCGGCAAAGCCGUCAUUGCGAUGCUCUUCCUUUUCUACUUCUUCUACAACUUGGCCUUUAACGCUCUUCUCUACUCCUACCCAGUUGAGAUCCUUCCCUAUCCUAUCAGAGCUAAAGGUUUCUCGCUUCUCAUGUUCUUCGGCAAGGCUAGUAACUUUAUCAACACAAUGGUCAACCCUAUUGGGCUUCAGGCUUUGGCCUGGAAGUUCUACUUUGUCUAUGUCGCCUGGUUGGCUGUCGAGCUUGCAAUUGUGUGGAAGUUCUUUAUCGAGACCAAGGGACCUAGUCUGGAGGCUAUAGCUGCUGUUUUCGACGGUCAUGAUGCUUCCGUUUUGUCUGAGGAUAGUGAUCUCAAGAAGGGAGAGUCAGAGAAGCACUAG